UACACGAAAGUGAGCGGAAAGUGAAAAUAAGCACACACACUGCAGGAGAAGAAGGUCGAUGCAGCCGCGAGCCACAGCAGGAGACAUCAAGAUGACGAUGCGAGGAAGACGACGCGACGACCGGCGAGCCGAUGAUUCGCACUCGAUAAGCUUGUGUAAUUAACGGGUGAGCGAUAACGCUGCCGCUUAUUUCGCACGGAAUAACAUAAGACACUCGCACCGAUGAGAAAGACGAUGAUGCCUCGGCUACUCUGGCUGCUUCUACCGCUGCUCGGCGCUCGCGGGCUCCUAGCCGCGGCGCUGCAGGAGACGACCGAGUCCUCCUCCAUCUACUACACCGAGCCGAACUACGCGAGCUCGAACUCGGUCGAGUCCGGCUACCGAGGACUGACCGAGCUGCCCGGUGGCAAGAUCGUCAGGGGACGGAGACUACUCGAACGAGCCAAGAGCCCCUACGUGCUUCGGGAAGACCUAUUCGUGGAACGGGACGCCGAGCUGAGCAUCGAGGCCGGCGUGGAGGUGCGCUUCGCGCCCAUGAUCGGCAUCACCGUGCGCGGCGUCCUACUGGCCGAGGGGGAGGAGAGCCAGCCGAUCGUGCUGACGGGUGCGGAAGGUCCGUCCGGUCGGGCGGAGCCCCGUUUGGUCCGACUCGUCGAUGGGCCGAGUCCGCUCGAGGGCAGACUGCAGAUCUUGCACAAGGGAGAAUGGAGAUCGGUCUGCAGCAAUUCGAGAAACUGGACGAGGGCCGAUUUGGAGACGGCAUGCCGGGAGCUGGGCUACCAGGGCGGCCGUUGGUGGAGCUGGAUGGACCGGCAAUGGCCUGCCCGGCCUCGACUGCUCUACGAGCAGCCACAAUGUCGCGGCACCGAGGCGUCCCUGCAAAACUGCGGGAGAUGGUCCCAAAGGGCUCUCGGUGCCGGAGUGUGCGAUUACCACCCGGACCUAGGUAUCUCGUGCUCGCCGUUCCACGACGGAGCGACGGCCGCGAUCAAGCACUGGCGGGGCCUGCGCUUCGAGCAAGCGCUUUACGACAGGCCACUGAUACAGGAGAACACGCUGUACGUGCGCCGGUCCAAGUCUAUCCUCAAGUUCGUCGAGAUACGGCAUGCGGGAACUGGGCGCGAUUUCAACGUGACGUCGGCGCUGCACGUCGAGGGCGUACCGCCACGAAUGGAAUCGAUCUCGAUAAUCGGCUCGUCGUUCACCGGCAUCAACGUCACCAUUCCCGAUGCGCCCAUUGUAAUCGACAACUGCACCAUUCAAAGCAACAAAGGAUACGGAAUCUACAUGAACAGCUCCACCGGGCUGGCCCACAUACACAACUGUGUAAUAGUAGGCAACGGUGCGGAUGGGGUCAAGUACGUUCACCACGACGAGCGGCCAGACGAUAAACCUGACCGGGCGGACGUCUACGAUCUCUGCACCUUCCCCACGACGGCUAGUCAAACCUUCCCCGUGACGAUAUCUGUAGGACAAAGCAAGUACGCGCCGAAUCAGAAACGGUGCCCCCAGCACAUUUUCACGAGACCGGGCCACGUUCUGACGGUGCACUUUUUACAAAUGAAGACUGACCGAAACGAUAGUGCUGUUAUCGAAGUGUACGAUGGAAUAGGUACCGGAGAAAAGUUACUGGCUCGCGUCAAAGUCAGGAACGGAACACUGCCGCAGAGUGUCACCACCAGUAGGCAGAAUUUGUACAUCAAAUUCUUUGCGGAACCACGCACUUCCAUGGUUGCUUUCCUGCGUUUAACGUCGGGAUACAAAAAAACAUACGAUUUAAACGUGACCGGCAGUACGAUAGCCGACAACAGCGGUCGAGGCAUUGCCGCGGAGAAGCUUCGCUCCGCUCUGCACAUCGACAACACGGCUGUGUCGAACAAUCGCCACGUGGCCGGUGUCCACGUGCUAGGCGGAGUUCCCGAAGUCAACGUUACCGGCAGUCGAAUCGCCUUUAACCGAGGCGACGGCAUCAACAUCACCGUUACCGGUGGUAGUCGUAACGUGUCACGGAGCAGCAUCUCCUCGAACCGCGGCUAUGGCUUCGCCGUUUGGCUAAAUGAUAGCUCGUCCACAGAGUAUGUGCCGUUCAAUCAAACGACUGUCGUAGAGUAUUCUGAGAUCUUCCGAAAUCAAGAUAUCGGUAUUCUGGUUGGAAAUUCAACGGGAAAUUCGUACGUAAAUGUAACCGGUAAUUGGUUCAACAGCAGCAGCGAGACAGCAGUUCAGAUCGAAUCGAGCUGGCGCUAUAAUCAGAACAAACUUAAGCUCCGGAUCGGCCACAACAUGUUCGUGCAAAACGCUAAACUGGGCAUAAAACUUAGCCCGGCUCUGAACGUGGAUGGAGUCAUCGAGUACAACCACUUCCGUGAGCACACUUAUGGCGGUAUUCUCGUGCGCAAUCCCCUCCUAGAAGAGUUCAACGUUCUUCCGGCUGAUUUGUUGAUUCAGCACAACGAGUUCUAUGACAACAAAGGGUUCUUUGUUGCCAGUUUAGGACUCUCUCCUUACAGCGACGUUCAGCGUCUCCUGUUUACGAGAAACUUUUUGAGGGAUAAUCGUGUCAGAGAACCGUUCGAUAACGGGGACAUUCAGGGAUCCAGUUUGAUUCCGAGAUCGAGGGUGUCUGCGGUGGUCGUUGUCUCGUCGAGCAACGUCCACAUUUUCAGGAAUAUCCUGCAUAAUCCUGAAUCGAACUAUGAAAUCGGUUCACAUCUAGAAGACCAGAGCAAGAUAAUUAAUUGCACGUACAAUUGGCUGGGCUCCGGAGAGCAGCCGGAAAUAUUCGAGAGACUCUUUCAUAGAAAGGACAGGUACAAUUUGGCGAAGAUAGAGUACAUGCCAUACCUAUUGCACAGCAGUAAUCCGGCAACGAAUACGAUAAACCCGAACCCGACCUUCGUGCCGCGCUUCCUGGCACCCGGCACCAACAUCGUCGGCGGUGAGGUCGACGGCCAGGAGACCCUGCAGGCGGGCGAGUACAUUGUCAAGCGCGACAUAAACGUCCGGCCCGGCGGCAAGUUGAUCCUUCAGCCUGGAGUCACAUUGCGCUUCCCACCCGCGGUCGGCAUCAUGGUCGCGGGUAAACUGGAUGCGCAUGGAACGAAGCCCAGCAACAUCCUGAUGACCCUGAAGGAGGAGAUCGUCGUUAGUGCGGACAACGAGACGGUGAUGGAGGAGAUGAUGAUGGGCGAUAACGCCGAGCCCAUGAUGGAGAUGCCUGUGGUACCUGAAGUUAGCAAGGUACCGGUUAGGCUGCUCGGCGGCAAGACCAGUCACGAGGGAAGACUACAGGUGCGAGUUGGAGAGAAAUGGGGCACGGUCUGCAACUAUGGUUGGACGAUGCGCGAUGCGGCCCUGGUCUGCCAUCAGCUGGGGCUGACCCUUGAUCCGGACAACUGGUAUAUGGAACGCAAUCAGAUUCCGAGUGCAGGCACCAAUGAGGACAUUAUCCUCAGCAACGUGCAGUGCACCGAGGACGACAUCGAUGUCUCGCGCUGCAAGGCCGAGACCAUGGACGAGUUCGAGAACUCGUGCACCCACGAGAACGAUGUCGGUGUCCGGUGUACCGAGGCUGCCUGGGCUGGAUUAAGACUGGGACCGCUCGCGCUCAGGAGUGAUCUGCAGUACAUCACCAUCGAGAAGGCCGGCUUGUUGGAUUACACUACCAAUUCAUUCAAGCCCGCCUUGCAGAUGGACUUUGCCCGGCAUUCGCUAGAAGGUGUGAAAGUAGUCAACAACCUCCAGGACGGUCUGGGCGUGCUCUACUCCGACAUAUACUCCGCGGAUGCAGUAAAUACUGUCCGCAACAGCGACUUCUCCAACAACAAGGGCAGUGGCAUAAGUUUCAAACAAUUGGGACUCCGCAUCACCAACUCACGACUCAAGGACAACAAGAUCGCCGGUAUCCGGCACAAUCCCGCGUUCUCUGCAGUUCAGCAGAGGGAGCUUGCAGGAUGGUUCAUUAGUUCGCCAGACACGUCGCUCGAUUCCACCUACGAUCCGGUACUUGUUCCAGAACACAGCGCCGAUAUUGAGUUGGCCAUGGGCGAGACGAAGUAUCUCGUCACCUCUAAGGUCUCUGGCGAAGCCAUCGACCGAUACCAUCACAUUAGAUGCACGCCAGGAUACGUAGUCGGCAUUCAGCUGCUGAAUCCGAUACAAAACAGAAGUACCGAACAGAUAAUUUUACACGACUCGCAGAACAUUAAGCAUCGAGGAAACAUAUGGCAUGUAAAGAGAGAUCUCACGGUAUUUCCGGUCACCUCCAGCUCCUAUAUUGUUGUGUUCGAGUACCACAGCGGUGACAACGCUUUGGGCGGUACCGUUAUUGUGCUUACUGCACUUCCUGCCCCUCUUCAGGAUAUUAAAAAUCGCAUAGUUCGCGGCCCAAUUCCUACCCUGAGAGUAUUUAAAUCCGAAAUUCGAGGCAACAAACAGGGUGUGCUCGCCUCGUACUACAACAGAUACCUUGACGAGUGCGGCGAUCACUACCUUCGCAAGGCCAACGAGUCUAUUCAGCUGAUUAAUUGUGAAAUUUCUCACAAUUACGAGGAGGCUAUCUUCGUUAACUCUCCUCAUUGGAACGUAUUCAAUUCAAACAUUUCUGAGAUAUCCAUCCAUAUCAACAAUACUUUGAUUACCGACAACGGCCGUGGAAUAAUUCAGUACAGCCGCGAUAUGCGGCAGUCCAACAACCUCUUCCACUGGGUCAUUAAGGACAGUACGAUCGAGCGUAACCAAGCGGGCGGGUUCGAAGUUGCCCUUCCCUAUGUUUGGCAGUACAACGAGAACUUUACUCACUCGAUCUACAUGGACAAUAAUACCUGGCAGGCAAACGAGCAGUUUGGCUUCGUAGUAGACGGCCACUUUGCUACCUUCAACAUGUCUCGCAAUCGAUUCGAUGGCAACCGAUGCAAGACCGGUCUAAUUUCGGUACGAGGUAUGGAGAAGCGCAUGAAGAUCGAAGCGAACAAAAUUGAGAGAAACUCCGGAAGCUUCAUGGUAGAAUUCAAGGCGGACAGUCAGUCAGAAAUUAUGGGUGACAUUGACGCGAGGUUUAUGUUUAACGAAGUCAAGGGGAACAACAAGGGGAUCGUAGCCAGUCGAGGUUUCCACCAGAUGUUCGACUCGCCAACCUAUGUUGUGGGUUUUCACGGUAUUCAGAAGGUGCGCGUAAACAGAAAUCUAUUUGGCGAGAAUUCUCUGGAUUACGAGCUGCUUGCUGGAAUAAAAACUGCGAAGAUCAACAACAAGGUAGAUGUCACCGAAAACUGGUGGGGAACUGGUCAGGAUCUUCAGAUCAGGCAACGAAUUUUCGACUUCGAUGACUGGAACGAUCACGCGGUUGCGGACUUCCGUCCCUAUUUAACUACUGACUCACUCGAUUCAUCAAUAUCAGCCUCUUACGAACCAAUCACCCAAGUGGAUUUAAACAAUCUCGGAGGUCGCAUAGUCGACAACCUCUCUCUUUAUCCAAGGGCCGAACCUUACGUUAUACGCUCGGACAUUACUGUAAUGCCUGAUGCCACGCUUUAUAUCCAUCCGGAUGUCGUAAUGGAAUUUGCGCCGAACGUGGGUAUUUUAGUACUUGGCACAUUGAAAGCUGUCGGAGCUCCUGGACAUGAAAUUGUCAUGAGACCCAUCAGCGAUGGCAAUGAAGUGCCGAUGACCAAAAAAAGAAAUGUUGAUGUUGAGACUAUUAGGCUUUGCAAGGAGGAGAAUUGCACCAGCUCUACGAAUGAAGGAUUUGUGGAAUAUUUCAAUCGCACUACCCUGCAAUGGAUACCGCUCUGUGAUACUCGAUUCACGGAGCGCAAUGCGCAAGUAGCCUGCCGUCAGCUAGGCUUUGAACCACUCAACGUUUACGUCUCGAAAGACAGACGAUACGAACUACAUCCAGGCUCACUAUCCAGAAUCUGGUCAUGGCCAGAACCUUUACAAUGUACGGGCAACGAGGAGAGAUUAGAAGAAUGUCAGAUCCGUCUUAAUGGCCAGCUCUUCGGUCACCGCUACGAAUGUCCUUGGGAUGGACAAUUUGUUUUCCUUCAUUGUGGACAGCGUAACCUCGAUUCAGCGCUCAACUACUGGGGUGGUAUUCGCAUCGCUAACAGCGAGUUCGAACACUACCUCUACGAGUACCGAAUUCACGACGUCAUCACUCACGAGACACUUCGUAGGGUUGAAUCGGUUUUAAAAUAUGUCAACAUUACUGGAGCAGGUAUACUACAUAAUGAGAGAUCACCUGCUGUACAGAGCAUCAUGAAGUCACCUUCGGUUACGAGGGUCAGCGUUAACCAAAGCGCUUAUCAUGGAAUCAAUGUUAUUUCACCUACACAUACGAUCGAGCUGCUUUUCAAUCAAGUGAAAGACGUUUUUGGUAACGGUAUCAACGUCUUGUCACUCACGGGCGAAGGUCGCGAGGCAGAAGAAAGUUCCUUCUCUCCGCUGAAGGAUCUAAACAUACCCUACCACCUGUUCAGCAUCGUCGACAUCUGUGAUACUACUAAAGAGGUUACUAUAGAAGAGCGCGUGCUUAUUUACUACAAGUACGAUAACAAUCCGGUCAACUGCGUCAAAAUCUUCCGCAGCAGUCACCGUGCUAAGCCUUUUGGAUUCAGACUCUUACAGUUCAAUCUAUUUAAUUCUACUGGGAAACCAGGCAGACCGGAUAGCUUAACGCUUUAUGAUGGCGACAUUUACAAUGUAACCGUCAAGAAAAUCGACGAGCUAUAUGCUAACAGUCCUCUGGAGAAGAAACUAUUCCGAACGGAAGGACCAAGCUUAAGCGUCAAACUUUUUGCAACUGGUGCUAGUAACGUGCAUGGUUUCAUUGCCGAAGUUGUCACCUUACCUAUUUCUGCAAUUGGAUUUAAUCGAGAUGUGCAGCACAACAUAUCUUACUCAGUAAUUUCAAAGUGUCAAGAAGGUGCUGUAAAGUAUUCGAGCGCCGGAGAAGUUAAUGCUGUUAUCACGCUCGAGAGGAAUCAGUUCGUGGGGAACUGUGAGAAGUUAUAUGGAAACUUUAGUACUUGUGGUGCUGCUGUUUCUUUGGAUAUUCAAAAUACCCAAUCCGUUUACUUCAGAAAUAAUUUAGUCAUGAAAAACCAAGGGGGCCUGAGAAUUAGAGCAGAUUCACGCGGUUCCGCAACUUCGCUCAAAGGUUGGAUUCACAACAACCUGUUCAACGAAAAUUACAACAAACCAGCGUUAUACGUGGAAGGUCGUCAAAGUAGUCCGUACCAAGAGGUGACAAUAUUCCGCAACUACUUCACCAAGAACAACGCUAGCUUUGAGAACAACAUCGUUUUAAAGCAAGUCGUCAGUAACAUGACGCUAAACUACCUUCAUGGUAACUUGGGAAAACACCUUUUGGAAAUUUCUGGUUUUGAGAGGGUUAGGCUUCCAAUUUACCAGAGUACAUCCCAUAAUGGUUUUUACAAAAAUUACGCGGUAGAUCGCGAAGGAAGAAGUACGAUUGUCGCGGGUACUCCGGGUCAGCAGUACGUGGAUAAUAUUUUCUUCAAUCCUGACAACGAUUACGAGAUGUUAACCAUCAACAGAUCACUCGUGGUCGAUGCCGAAUGGUACACUAAUCAAUUGGAAAUGUGGAGAUCAAGUGUCGACGCUCGUCACAACUAUUGGGGCUACAACGAGACACUCGCGGUGGCCGGUCGCAUUCGUGAUCGCGGAGACUCACCAGAACUUCUGCAGGUUGAAUUCCAACCUUACCACAUGAACAAUCAGUCAGUGCUGACUGGCAAGUGUCCGCCGGCUUGGGACCUAGUCGGUGAUACUUGUUACAUCUACAUAGGCGCGCCGAUGGAUUUCUUCGCUGCACGUGAUUUCUGCAGAUCUGCGAAUGCUUCAAUGCCAUUUAUUAUGGGUGACUACAUUGAGCUAUGGAAGUUCUUAAAAAAACAACAGGAACGUUUUGAUUACUCCGAACGCGUCUGGAUUCAGCAGAUUGAGAAAGUUGAUCAAUGUACGAUGUUUACCUAUCAGACGACAGAAAUAGAUCAUUGUGGUCAGCCAAAUCCAUUCAUUUGCGAAAUCGAUCCCAGAAUUUACAUCGAUCCGUUGUCCUGGAGAAAGGAUAUUGUCGCGGUCGGGGUGUUGAGUGCAAUAGCAGUUGCGUUGCUCUUAUUGGCAGCUGCCAUUGCUCUUUGGGUCUCAAAGUCUAAGAAGCGACAAGUCGAAAGACUCGAGAGGAGAAAUUCAAUCCGACAGUCACUUCAUUCACUACGUUCAGUAGGUUCUACAUCCGGCUUUUCAGAGCUAGCGUACCAAAGAAGAAAACCAAUAGCGACAAAGCAGUCUACCGACACACUGAAUUCGCGUUCCCUGGAUUACAAGAAGAUGUCAAAUGGCGGCAGCUUGGACUCCAUGGACAAGUCCCAGUUGAAUUCAUCACUCGAAGACAAUCAAUGCUAUGACGUCUACGAGGCGCACAAUCCACGCUACUCACCGGGCACAAGUAGCGGCGUUACCGGGCAAAAAUUCGCCGGUGACAAUCCCGCGUAUGAUUUAACAUAUCGCAACGAGGGCUUCCGAAACCACUCCACCUUCACCUCCAGAAAUAACAGCGCUUGGCAGUCCGAGGCUAACAGUGUCGCUGCUCCUGAGGAAUUAGCAACACCAAGCAGCGAACACGUGGACGUAUCCUCGGGCUACCUGCACAACGUCUCCACACUCCCCCUGAACUCGAGUCUCGGUACAUCUGACUCAAUCAGCGAGCUCAAACGAGACCUGCGCACCACCAACUCUUCGAUCGACUAUGAUAACGUAGCCGUGCACAAUGGCAUGAACGGCGCCGGUAGUCACUACGACAACAGCCCCGUCACCCCGGGCUCCGAGCCCGUUCCCGAAUACUUCAGCAGCCAUCACAGCGCUGCGACACUACCCCACCCCCACCAUCACAGCAAUCACCACAAUUACUAUUACGAGGAUAGGCCGAGGAGCGAGGCCCUACUUGAGACGAAUCUCGACGAAGACCGACCGCUCCGAUCCAAGAGUGAGGCCAUCCUCGAAACGAAUUUUGACGCGUUCACCCCGAACGAGCCCACUGAACUCACCCAGCUCUCGACCGCCGGCAGAAGUAAGAGCCAGCCGCUCGAGACUGCGAUGUGAUUUGCAUGAUUAGAAAGCUUGCAUGCUAGUUUUGCGUAUAUUCUGUAAUUAAUUUUUUUUUUCGCUCACGGACUACCGAGGAAUCGCAGUGCAGACUCCUUCGAUGAUCUUAGGAAUACUGCAGCUGAAUUUAAAUUCCGAGGCGUUCGUUGUUAUGAUCUCUUAAAGACACUCAGUAAUGUAAUACCGCAGAAGUCCCGAAGGCAUCUCUGAAGUGCAGUUUCCAAAAGAUUCGUUUGGAAAACCGAGAUAUCCCGAGAGUAGAGCUCGUUGUAAAUAGCUGCAUAUGACACUAUCUUUCUUGACGACGAAUUGUACAAAGAGUUAUCCAUGGCGAUGCCGCGAACCCUCUAUAGCCGUCUUUCUUUUUUAUUUUAUACAUCGUGGUUUGAGACAUCGUUUAAUUAUAUACUUUCUUGUUUAUCGAUUAUUGGAACAAUUGUUGGUAAUGUUCACUAGCACGCGACGACAGCGGUGUUUACGGGCUCUCUUCUCGGGCCCUAAUCUAUUUAUUUUGUAAGUUAGUUUAUACAAUGCGACUAUUCGUUAUAUAUUUUCAUCAACGUCAUCGAUAUAGCAAUUUCGUCGUUGCUAACAUUUGUAAUUAUUUAGUUCAUAUCGUAUAUACAUAUAUAUAUAGUCCAAUGAAUGACAAUGUUCGAAUUGAAUCUAUACAUAUAUAUUUUGGUAAUCUUAUUUUAUACUUACAACUUUUUUAAGUGAAAUAAUAGAAUUGAAACAAAAGAUCAUGCGUUAUUUAUAUAUGAAACCUUUUUUUUUACUACGAAGUAUAUUAUAUAUAGAAAAUUAUAGAUGAUCACUGCCAGGACUUUCAAUUAUUAUUCUCAAAGAGUCGCUCGAUGUGAUAUGAAAGCGAGCGACGCCUGAUAUGUAUCAUAGAUGUCUAACCUUUUUCACUAACAACAUAAUGGAUAAGUCGAUAAAUAUUAUAAAUAAGAUUUGCGAAGUUUUUGGGGACACUCGCAUUGUCUUUUUCUAGCUUUUGUGCUUUAACUAUAUUAACUCUAUACAUCUGCUUUCCUUCUAUAAAUCUUUAAGUCUCAAAUCCCCAAUCACAGGUACGUCCGUCCAAUUUUCGUAGGCGCGCUCAUAGUUUUUACGGCGCGCUAGCCGAGAUGCGAAUUUCCCUUGUAAUAAUAGUUGGCCUACAGAAUUUAAAAUUGUUGUAUGAUUACUCUAUUAUAAGAUGGCAAUGAUGUCACUAAUAUAAAGAAGAUUCACUUCUAACUGUUUUGUGCAAGACGACGAUACAAUACGUUAUCAUAUUUAUAAUGUUCGAGAUUAUCAAAAUAAUUAUAAUGUAUUGUAGCUUUGGGCCUGCAUAAAAGAUAUUUUAUAUCAUAAAAAAAUUCUCUAAAACGUAAAGAGUGAUGUCACGACAAAAGAUAUACUCAAUCGUUUUGAUAGUGUGCCUUUGAUAGUGUCUCACGAACGAAUAAGUCGAAUUUUACAAGGGAAGCCAUCUCGUGCACUUAGAAUUGUGUAAGAAAUUUGUACAUUGAAUUAUUUUAUAUUUCCGAAUAGCAGUUUUUAGUACUACGAGAAGUAUGUGUGUACAUUUAGAUUUUGUAUGUAAACUUUUUUUAAACAUAAUUUAGUAUGAAAUAAAUCUCGUAGUACUGAAAAUAUCAUAAUCGAAGUUAGACAUAUAUAAAAGUAUACAUUUUGUUAUAAAAUUUACAAAUAUUAUUUCGCUACAUAUUCUCUUACUAGGUAUUUUGAUAAGAUCGCAAUUAUUGUUAAUAUUCGUAAAAUAAGAUUUCCAAGAAAUGACAUAUUCUAUAGAAGAUAGUAUCUGUGAAAGUCAACGAUAAAAUCGUUUGAAUAAUCGCAUGAUUAUUUAAGUUAUUUAAGACUAUUAUUUCGUACGUUACUUAUGAAAUAUUGCGCGAAACGCAUUCGACUUAGCAGUUUUUCUUACAUUUCUCCCUUUAUCUUUGAAUAUUAUUUAGGAGAACAUAAAAUUAAGUCUGACCUGCGUGCGUAUUUUGAUAUUUAUACACAUGCGGUACAUAGAAAGUAAAGUUAUUGUUUAAGUUUCGGACGUUGUAUUCCAAUCAUUAAAUAUGUAUCAAAAAAUAUAAGAUAGAGAACGCGAAAAGAAAUGCACGAUCCGCUGAUUAUAGUUCAUAAAACCAUCGCCCACCACUAGUAUCGUGAUUGUUAAUCUUAAAUUUGCAUCUUUAGUUAUAUGGUAGACUAAGUAUACGUAUACAAUUAUUAUUUCAUAUCGUUAAAUACGAUCGGCGAUUCGUGCAUUUGAAAAUAAAGAAAAAAUAAAAAAGACGCUUGUAUAUUUUGACUAUGUACUUGAACACGUACAUACGUAGUGUAGGUAACUCGCAGGUUAACGAACUUGAAGAGCUUAUAACUGUAAAAAAAAGAUAAAUGAAUAAAUUGUGUAUCAAAAAUAAAA